CUUGCUUCUUUGCUUCCCUUCCCUUCUUCCAAGCCUGGAGCCGGCCAAAGCCAUCAAGGCCAUAGACCGCAAGUCCGUUCAUCAGAUCUGUUCGGGGCAGGUUGUCCUGAAUCUAGGUACUGCGGUGAAAGAGUUGGUGGAAAACAGCCUGGAUGCUGGAGCUACCAAUGUUGAUAUAAAACUUAAAGAUUAUGGAGCAGAACUGAUAGAAGUUUCAGAUAAUGGAGGUGGAGUGGAAGAGGAGAACUUUGAAGGCUUGACUCUGAAACACUAUACAUCAAAGAUACAAGAUUUUUCUGAUCUAAUGCAUGUUGAAACAUUUGGGUUUCGAGGUGAAGCUCUGAGUUCACUGUGUGCAUUAAGGAAUAUGCAAAAAUGGUCCAGAUAUUGCAAGCAUACUGUAUUGUUUCAAGGAGUUCGUAUUAACUGCACUAAUCAAGUUGGCCAAGGGAAAAAAAAUCCUGUGGUAUCCACUACUGGAAGUCCUAGCUUAAAGGAAAACAUCGGAGCAGUAUUUGGGCAAAAACAGUUGCAGAGCCUCAUUCCAUUUGUUCAGCUACCUCCUAAUGAAACUAUUUGUGAAGAAUACGGACUCAACACUACUGACAUGCCACAAAAUUUCUAUAGUAUCACGGGCUUUGUUUCUCGUUGUGAUCAUGGUGUUGGAAGGAGUGCAACAGACCGACAGUUUUUCUUUAUCAACCAACGUCCAUGUGAUCCAGCAAAGGUUGCCAAGCUUGUGAAUGAAGUUUAUCACUUAUACAAUAAGCACCAGUAUCCAUUUAUUGUUCUUAACAUAUGUGUAGAUUCUGAGUGUGUUGAUAUCAAUAUAACUCCAGACAAAAGGCAAAUUUUACUGCAGGAAGAGAAAUUUCUAUUAGCAAUUUUAAAAACUUCUCUGAUAGAGAUGUUUCGUAGCGAUGUUAACAAACUGAAUGUCAAUCAGAAACUUCCGGACGUUGCAGGCAACUUGAAGAGGACUCUUCCUGAAGAGCUAGAAAGCCCUCAGGUAGAAAUACUGCCUGACUCUGAAACUCAAAAUCCAAGCAGUGAAGGAAACAAAAUAACGACUCUAGCCAGAUUAAGGGAGUCAUUCUCUCUCCAUCAAAUGACAGAGAGUAAUUUUCGAAGCCCUAAAAAGGUAAAACAGCAGCACAGCUCCCCCAGACGACUUCUGUCAUUUGAUACCACUUUGAGUCCUGUACACACUCAAAAGGCUGUCCUGAGUGAGGAGUCUGAGAGUUGUUGUGAAAUGGAGUCAAAGAUGUCAAUUACAAGCAGGUAUCUGAGAAAAUUAGAAGAUAAUACAGAUUCUGGAUUCUGUAGUACCUCUGCUGAGUCAGAUGUUGGGUAUAGUACACCAGAAGUUGGGAGCUGCAUCAGCAGUGAAAGAAUAACUAAUUCUCCUGAAGAAGAAUUCUGUAACUCAAAAGAGGAACUUCAAAACCAAUGUCUUAAAACUGCUGGACAGAGUGAGAAGUCAUUGGAAUGUGAUGUUCAGUUCUUGGGCACUGUGCGUGAGUUAAACCAAGUGAAUGACUGGAAUAAUCCAGAUAAGUUAUCUCAAAUCGCCAGUAGCUCUUCCCCAAGCAAAAAGUGUUUUAAAAGCGAAGCAGGUGAUUUAAAGGCAAAUAGAUGUCCUGAAGUGAAGAAGACUAAGAACUAUGUGGCAAGCGUUGAUGUAUUAGUAGAAGUUAAAAAGAAGACUGUACCGCUUGAAUUCUCUAUGAAGGUUUUAGCAGAAAAUGUAAAAAAGGUAAUACAGCAGCAACAGAAAAGGACAGAAACACGGAAUUAUAGAAGAUUUAAAGCAAAAAUUAGUCCUGGAGAAAAUAAAGUAGCAGAAGAUGAAUUAAGAAAAGAGAUCAGUAAAGAAAUGUUUGCAAAAAUGGAUCAUUGGCCAGUUCAAUUUAGGGUUUAUAAUAGCAAAGUUGAAUCUGAUCUUUUCAUAAUCGACCAACACGCUACUGAUGAGAAAUACAACUUUGAGAUGUUACAACAACACACUGUCCUCCAAGGUCAGAAGCUGAUUGUGCCUCAGAAUCUUAAUUUAACUGCUGUAAAUGAAACUGUAUUGAUUGAAAACCUGGAAAUAUUCAGAAAAAAUGGAUUUGAUUUUUUCAUAAAUGAAAAUGCUCCUGUAACUCAAAGAGUUAAAUUGAUUUCCUUGCCAACAAGCAAAAACUGGACUUUUGGUCCACAAGACAUAGAUGAACUGAUUUUCAUGUUAAGUGACUGCCCUGGAGUCAUGUGUAGGCCCUCUAGGGUCAGACAGAUGUUUGCUUCUCGAGCUUGCAGAAAGUCGGUGAUGAUUGGAACUGCACUGAAUAAGCAGGAGAUGAGGAAGCUGGUCACCCAUAUGGGCGAGAUUGAACAUCCCUGGAACUGCCCCCAUGGAAGGCCUACAAUGAGACACGUAGCCAGUUUAGAUUUGAUUUCACCAGAAUAACAGUCAGUUUAUGCUUAUUAGCACUUCCAGUUUUAAUUGCUUGGCGAUACUUUGAGAUUUUUAUCAUGACUGUCUUAUAAUGACCAAAAAAUUUUAGCCACUGUUUUUUGUAUUUGAAGAUGGUAACAGUUGAAAGCAUUCAGCAAGCUUUCACUGUUACUUCUAUCAAGCCAACAAUCUGAACUUACUGGAAUUUUUGUAAAUAACAUUUCUUUUAUUGCAGUUUGCCUUGUGUAUUACUUAUUUUGCAAUCAAGCUAUUUUUAAAAUAAAUCUUUGUAUAUAAAAGAUCAAGA